GGCGAUCGCUGUCGAAGCUGCAUUGCCUUCAGCGCCACUAGAUGGAGCAGCAUCAUCACCGUGCGUCGUUGACGCAGACUAACAAGGCCUUCAAAGCCAAGCAUUCAUCAAAGGGAUCACUCAGAGAUGCUGCCAAAGGGCGAACAUCACGGCAGGCCGAAAGAGCAGCACAACGACUAGGUGGAGGCAAAACUCAGACCAAGGCAGGCAAAGCAGCUCGGCGCAAUCAGGCAAAGCAAGUGCAAGCGAACAAACGAGCGGCGCUGGCUGCUUCUACGCGCGUGCUCAGCGGCUUCAAAGGCGAAGGCAAAGCGCCACGUGUGAUUGCCGUGCUGGCUCUGACAGACGACAUCGAUGGGCCGGCGCUCGUCAGAGAUCUGCUCAUCGGCGCAGGAGCAAGCGAACCGACUCACAGCGCUUCACUGUGGCAUGCUGAGAUGACAAAGCCGUCGAACGCAAGUCUACAAUUCAUCACGCCAAAGCAUGGCGACCUGCUCGGUGCGCUCGACGCAUGCCAGGCGGCGGAUUACGUCGUUCUUGGUCUUUCGGAGGAGCAAGACGUGUCUGCAUGGGGCGAGAACGCUCUGCGCUGCCUGGCAAGUGUAGGCAUAGCGGAGGGAUCAGUGCGCGCCAUCGUCAAAUCCCUGCCGGAAACAACUGCACAGUCGUCCGGCGUACGCAAGUCUUUGCUCUCAUUCACCCAGCAUUUCUUUCCUUCAGCUGCAAGGAUCUACAGCGCACACGUACCGUCUGAAGCCGCCAACGUUUUGCGGUCUUUCGUGGAAGGCACCCCCAAGGGCCUUGCGUGGCGUGAGAGCCGGGGCAGACUGUUAGCAGAAGACGUGCAGUGGGAAGCGGUAGAGUCGGACGACGUGAUGGAAGGCUCAUCAAAGGGUACGCUAAAAGUGACUGGAACGAUCAGAGGCGCGCCCUUCUCUGCGAACCGCCUUGUACACUUGCAAGGUCAUGGCGACUUUCAGCUUCUCAAGAUCACAGCGGCGCCCAAGGCUGAUGCGCGCAGACGAGUCAACGGCGAUGGCAUGACGCUCGAGAACAACGGCGAAGAAGCGCUAUCCGUACUCGAGCCGGACGAGGCAGACGAUCUACAGUCUACGAAUGUUCCAGACGACGAGGAGCUCUUGCAGCAAGAACAGACAUGGCCAACUGAAGACGAGCUUGAGCAUGCACCUGAAAGGUUAUCGGAUGGUCAGAUGAUGCCCCCGCCAGCGAAGCCGGGCACAACGCCAAAGAGCCUAAAGCGCGUGCCGAAAGGGACGAGCACCUACCAAGCUGCGUGGAUCAUCGAUGAGGACGACGGAGAGUACGAGAACGAAGCGGGAAGUGAGGUAGAUAGCGACCGCAUGAGCGAGGGAUCCGCUCGUGGUGAGGAAGAGACGAUCGACUACGAGACGCUCGAUACGGAGACAGGCUCGAUUCAUCCCGACUCGGUAUCUGCUACUGCUCCGAGUACAGGCGUCACUUUCAAAGACUUGCCGAUGGACAUCGAAGACGAGCAAUACCGUACUUAUCUAGCCGACAGACAGAAGGAGCGCGAUCGCGAGGCAAGGACAGACCGCGAGUUCCCUGACGAAGUAGAUACGCCAAUGGAUAUACCCGCUCGCGAGAGAUUCGCUCGAUACCGCGGACUCAAGUCGUUCAGGACUUCGCCUUGGGAUCCGUACGAGAACUUGCCGAGGGACUACGCUCGAUGUUUCAUGUUUCAAGAUUACAAACAGAUGAGCCGCAAGAUCACUGCUCGGGCGAUGCAGGACGGAGUCGAGCCCGGCACCCGCGUUACGCUCCACAUUGCUUCUGUGCCUUCUUAUGCAGCCGAGCAAGCUGCUGCGAAGCCUUUCCUCGUCUUUGGCCUACUCCAGCAUGAGCACAAGAUGUCAGUCCUCAAUGUAACGACACAGCGCAACACGGAAUACGAGGCGGAGAUAAAGUCAAAGGAUGAGCUCAUCCUGUUGCUGGGACCGAGACGCUUCUCGAUCCGGCCACUCUUCUCGCAGCAUACGCAAGGCAAUGCGGGCAAAGGAUCAACCAAUGUGCACAAAUUCGAGCGUUUCCUGCGGCAUGGCGCCCAAUCGACCAUCGCGACCGCAUACUUACCGCUCACAUUCGGUGUCAACAUCCCUGCCAUCUUGCUCAAGCAAGACGGCGACGAGCUGCAAUUAGUCGGCACAGGUUCUCUCCUCUCUGCUGAUCCUACUCGCAUCAUCGCCAAGCGUGUCAUCUUGACCGGCCAUCCUUACAAGAUUCACAAGAAGACGGCCACCAUCCGCUACAUGUUCUUCAACCAGGCUGAUGUCGACUACUUCAAGCCUGUCCAGCUCAAGACGAAAAAGGGCAGGACGGGCUAUAUCAAAGAAUCGCUCGGUACCCAUGGCUACAUGAAGGCGUCCUUCGACUCGCCAUUGCAGGAUCAGACGGACACAGUCUGCUUGAGCCUAUACAAGCGGUGUUUCCCCAAGUGGUCGACCUUGUGGUCAGCAGAGGAGCAGCAAGCCAUCACCGGCGCGGAUGAUACCAUAGAGGUUGAUUAGCUUUGUGCGAGAAGACAGCACGCCCAGAUGCAUAGAUACAACUUGAUAAUGC